AUCGACGGAGACCUUCACUCCCUGUUUUUCUCUUUCUCCGGUCUCCCACAGUCAAUCUUUCAAGACAUUUCCACCGCAGCACCGCCGCGAUGCCGCCGGCGCAACCUCGCAAUCGAGCCUCCUCAGCCACAACACCCUCCUCUUCCGCAUCCUCUGUCAAGUCCCCAUUAAAUUCGGACUCGUUUUUGAAUGAAUUGACGUCCAUGUUCGAGCGAAGUACCGAGAAGGGUUCAGUUUGGGUUACUCUCAAGCGAUCCUCCAUGAAAUCCAAGGUGCAGAGGAAUAAGCUGAGUACGGCUGGGGAAGCUAUUGAUUACCGAUGCCUGAUUCGAGCAACCGAUGGCAAGAAAACAAUUUCAACCACGAUGGGUCCCAAAGAACACCAGCGUUUUCAAGCUUCAUAUGCAACCAUUCUGAAAGCACACAUGACUUCUCUAAAGAAACGGGAAAGGAAGGACAAACGAAAGGCUGCUGAUUUAGACAAGAAAGCAGGAGGUACGAAGAAGGUGGCUUCUUCUAAGUGAUUUUCUUGCUCUUUUGGAUACGUCUGGGUUUUGCUUCCCCUAAUUUACAGCUCGAAAUUUUUGAUAAGAGAAGAUAUGUUAAUUAUUUCUGGAAUUUGCUCCAUCCCUUUAAAUCAUGUAUACCUUAUUUUGGUGAGCUAGAUCGAGUUUGUUUUUAAUGACAUGGGGUUAAAGUCUGACA